AUGUAUAUAAAGGUUUUGCAAAUUGUUGCCAUUCUCUUAUCCCAGCUCUCAGGACCGGAAACAGUUAUCUUUCCCAGUGCUGGUAUGAAUUCUGCAGUUGAUGAAGGAAAUCUAUUUAGUUUUCCGCAUAUAGAUUUCAGUGAUUCACAUUCUUACAAAGAGGAACUGCAUAGAAGUCCUCCUAUCAUAACUGAUGUGAUUGGUUUCGAUUCUAUGUGUCACUCGGGCGAUGCUGUAAUGAGGGAGUCUACUGAAACUAUGAUAAUGGAACAUUAUAGGUCGGAGGAAAGAGCUAGUCCAAUGCUUGACAACCCUUUGGACUUUGAAAUUCCUAAUUACUGCAUUGGUGUGCCAAGUGAGCUUACUGGACAAGAGGAAUAUAAUGAUGGGGGGUAUUUGAUUGGGUAUGAUUCAACCAACAUUUUAAUACCUUUUGAUUCCGCACUUACCAUCAGCCAGUUAGAAUUGGACAAGCAUCGUACAGGUAAAGUUGUAAAGAGAAAGCCACUCGUAAGGAGGAAAUCCAAUCCCUUUUACACUCCUUCAAUAUACACCAAGAAAUUGAUGGAGAUCAAAAACAAAAAUGUACAUGUAAAUCAUGUUAUUGGUCACAAGUGA